AUGGCUUUGUUCCAAUUGAGAACCUUGUGUUUAUGUCUCCUCCUCCUUGUGUUCAAAACCUGCAUAGCCGGCCAACAACAUAAAGAUCGGAUUUAUCCUGGGUUCCAGGCAUCUCAGAUGGAUUGGAGUGAUAAUGGGGGGCUGUUCUUGCUAUCCAACAACACUGCUUUCGCCUUAGGAUUCUACCAAGCCCUUGAUGUCAAGUUGUAUUUACUAGUAGUCAUUCACUUGGGCACUUCUAAAGUGGUCUGGACUGCUAAUAGAGGCUCACUAAUUUCAAAUUCUGAUAAGAGAAGUAGUUCAGCCAUGCAGUUGCAGGAUUCAGGAAACUUGGUAUUGCUUGGUGACAAAGGAAGCAUUCUUUGGCAGAGUUUUAGCCAUCCUACUGACACUCUUUUACCUGGCCAGGAGUUCUCAGAAGGAAUGAAGCUCAAAAGUUUUCGCAAUCGCAAUAACGUGUCUCAUUAUCUUGAAAUUCAGUCAGGGGAGCUGGUCUUAUAUGCAGGAUAUCAAAUUCCACAAAUCUAUUGGUCCAUGGCAGAUGACAGCAGGAAAAGCAAUAACAAUGUCAGUGGCAAGAUUCAUUCUUUGUCUCUGGUGUUCAAUUCAUGGAAUUUCUAUGGUGCAAAUGGAUCCUUACUUUGGAAAUUUGUCUUCUCUGACAAUAAGGAUCCAAAUGCCUUCUGGGCUGCUGUUUUAGGAUCUGAUGGUAUAAUAUCGUUCUAUAAUUUUCAAAAGGGAAAGUCUGUUGCUGCUGAAGCAACUAGGAUCCCACAAAGUUCAUGCAGCACUCCUGAGCCUUGUGACCCCUACUAUGUGUGCUAUUUUGAGAAUUGGUGCCAAUGCCCUUCACUUCUCACCUCACGCUUUAAUUGCAAACCUCAAGCACUCCCAACCUGUAAUACCUCCAAAAGUUCAGUAGAGCUCUUAUACGUUGGUGAGAAGCUUGAUUACUUUGCACUUGGUUUUAGCACACCCUCUCUGAAAUCCAAUCUGAGUUCCUGCAAAGAAGCUUGCCUUGGUGAUUGUUCUUGCCUUGUGCUGUUCUUCGAAAACAGUUCUGGACAUUGUUUUCUGUUUGACCGGGUAGGGAGUUUUGAACGCUCCGCUGCAAAUUCUACUGGAUACAUCUCUUUUAUGAAGUCCUUGAGGGAUGGAUUAAGCCCUGUAAAGGAAGGCAAGGGAAAUAAAAGCAAGCGCAUUUUGUUACUCAUGGUCAUUUCGGUUGCAACAAUCUUGGUUAUUGUUGGUCUAGUUUAUGUAGGAUUCUGGUACUACCGCAGGAUGAGACUAUUGGAAUAUUCCCAAGAAAUCUUGGAAGAGGAUAAGUUCUUGGACAGUCUUUCUGGAAUGCCUAUUCGCUUCACUUACGGUGAUCUUAGCAGAGCAACUAAAAAUUUCUCCAACAAAAUUGGCCAAGGAGGGUUUGGUUCAGUCUACCUAGGUGUGCUUCCAGAUGGCAUCCAACUGGCCGUGAAAAAAUUGGAGGGCGUUGGCCAGGGAAAGAAAGAGUUUAGAGCUGAAGUCACUAUUAUUGGGAAAAUUCGUCAUGUCCAUCUGGUCAAGCUCAGAGGUUUCUGUGCAGAAGGGCCUCACAGACUUCUUGUUUAUGAGUACAUGGGUAAAGGGUCUUUAGAUAAAUGGAUAUUCAUGAACAAGAACAACAAAAAGGAUGAAUCGUUAGAUUGGAAUACAAGAUUCAGUAUUGCCUUGGGGACAGCAAAGGGGUUGGCUUAUCUCCAUGAAGAGUGUGAAGAAAAGAUUGUCCAUUGUGAUAUAAAACCUGAAAAUGUUCUUCUUGAUGACAAUUUUGUUGCCAAAGUUUCAGAUUUUGGUUUGUCCAAGCUAAUGAACCGGGAGGAGAGCGGUGUACAUACGACGCUGAGGGGCACAAGAGGCUACCUUGCACCAGAAUGGAUCACCAAUUAUGCCAUAUCCGAGAAGAGUGAUGUAUACAGUUAUGGGAUGGUCUUGCUUGAGAUCAUUGGUGGAAAGAGGAAUUUUGAUCCAGGGGACAGUUCCGCGAAAGGCCACUUUCCUUCUUAUGCCUUUAAGCUGUUGGAAGAGGGAAAUAUGAAACAGUUCCUUGAUCCAAAUCUAGAUGUCGAUGAAAAUGAUGAAAGAGUUUUAAGUCUUUGUACUUUACCCCCACCGCCGAUAUCCCCCUCUGUGUCAGACCCUCAUUUUAGUUUCUUACAAUGGAGCAGCAAAGAUGCUACUUCAUCAUCAGGACUCAGUAAUUACAACAGUGAUAUACUCAUGUCAGACAUUCGGCUUUCAGGGCCAAGAUGA